AAGGAUGCGGCUUGCUACGCAAAUCAUUAAAACAUGUAAUAUAACCUCAAAAUCCCAAAAUCUAAAAAUAAAAAAAGUGUUCUUGGAAACAGUCACGUUGCGAAAGUGUUAUCGAUUUUUCUCCCUACUGUGCAAGAUGAGUGAUGCUAAAUUAAAUGGACACUCAAAAAUGAACGGAAUCGAAGGCAAAACACCUUUUCUGAUAGGUGUUGCAGGUGGUACUGCUAGUGGAAAGAGCACAGUAUGUAAGAGGAUAAUGGAAAAACUCGGACAAGUCGACAUGGAUCAAAAACAGAGACAAGUAGUGUGCAUAUCGCAGGAUAGUUUUUACAGGGAAUUGACUCCUAAUGAAAUUGCCAAAGCUGAAAAAGGACAGUUUAACUUUGAUCAUCCCGACGCAUUUAAUGAAACCCUCAUCUACGAUACGCUGACAGACAUACUGGCAGGUAAAAUGGUCCAGAUACCUACAUAUGACUACAGAAACCAUUCCUUGCGUAAAGACGAGAUACUGACCAUCUACCCUGCCGAUGUCGUUUUGUUUGAGGGUAUAUUAGUUUUUUACUUUCCGGAAGUGAGAAGUUUAUUCCACAUGAAACUGUUUGUGGAUACUGACUCUGAUACUAGGCUUGCCAGAAGAGUUCCACGUGAUAUAAAUGAAAGGGGACGGGACUUGGAACAGGUCCUGAAUCAGUACAUGAAUUUCGUGAAGCCAGCUUUUGAGGAAUUUUGUUCACCGACGAAGAAGUUUGCCGACGUGAUAAUACCGAGGGGCGCGGAUAACAACGUGGCUAUUGACCUAAUAGUUCACCACAUCUGGGACAUUUUACAUGGAAACCAUCAAAAUGGGUUCAAGCUAAUGGCGGUCGUGCCCGAGCAAAUCUAGAAGUGUCUUUAUUCGCAGGGCCUAGCGUCAAUUCACUAAACGUGAACUUUGUAAUUGUACCUAACUAGCGACAUGCGUGUCGAUCUCGUAGGUUUUUCUUUGUUUUAUUUCUGUUGUUAUUAAUAUGUUUUGCGGAAAUUCGGUAAGUAAUAUUUUUCAGUAUUCUCAAAGAUUUUAAUCACUUUUCUUUUAUUGUAAAUUCUUAAUUGCACUGAAUACCAAGUUAAAAUUAAAAUGUUCUAUUUUCAUGAUUUCCCAUGAAUUGGCGGUAGGUUUUUUUAUAUUUGUAACUAAGGAUAAAGCUUGAUUUUUUUUGUUAAUUCACGCUUCUACCUAGUACGUUUAGGUUAUUUAUUUUUAUAAGUAUUUCAUACAUUGUGAUAAUUAAGUUUUUCCCAAUUUUUACGGCAUAAAAAAAUGAAAAGGGUAUUUAUAAAAGGAAUUUAAAAAAUUCAGUUAUUGAACUUUAGAAUUUCAAUACUAUUACACAUUGUAGUUAGAAUUUGAUGGAGUUUGUGUGAAUAUUCACCGGGUUCUAGCUGUACAGGGUGUUCCAGAAAUAGGUGCCAAAAUUUCAAUUUAACACACCGAUCCCUAAAAUAUCAAGUUUUCCUGUACUAGUCUUUCAAAAUUUAACUAAACACAUUUUGCUGUCAAAACUAUAAGAUUUUCGGGAAAAAAGUUUUAUUACUAUUUAUAAGUAUUUUUUUUUAUUAAAAUUAAUUUCUGGGACAAACUGUAUUUUAAUGCUGAAUAUUUAAAAAAUUGGCAUUAUGCACGAUUCAAACAAAAAAUGUGAUGUAAAAUAAAACUACAUACAGGGUGCAUCAAUUUAUAGGCGCUAACAAAUGUGAUUAUUGAUUGGGACACUAAUUUCCCAAAAUUUGCAAGUCCUAGGCCUGCUAAAAUUUUGUUGGGUGCCAUUAAAAAAAUAUGCAUAUUUUUGCUUAUUCAGUAUCUAAUAUGACCUUAUUCUACAGCUUAGUAAGAUUAAUUGUUUUUGAAAAUGUACAUGUGCUGUGCAUAAAUUCUGAAAAAAAAAAUUGAUGAAAAAAUAACGUUGAAAUAAAUGGAAAUACACCAGCAACCUUGAUUUUGGCUGAAUUUGAACAAUAAAGUUACAAAUACAUACAAUUCUUGAAAAUUUGGAACAAAAAGAGGCUUCGAAUUUGCGACUUUAAGGAAGUUAUAGAUUUCAAAUGUGCAUAUUGGCAGAUUCCGUCUAAUAAAAAAUAUUUCAUCUUAUCUAUAGAUUGAGACACCCCUGUAUAUGGAAUAGUUAUCUGUAACGAAAAUAUCAAAAUUUUAAUGUUUCAUGGAAUUCCAACAAUUCAAACUUUAAUCUGAGUUAGAAAUAUAAUGCAAAAUAUAAAAUACCAAAAAAAAUGAUAUAUAUAACUAUACAAUUAUAUCCAAAGUAUUAGCCUUUAAUGUUUAGCAUUUAAGCUGGUAUAAGUUGAUUUUCCAUUUUAUAAAAGCUUACUCGGUUACUAAGAAUAUGUUAUUUUUUAUACAUGUACUAAUUCGGAAUUAUUUUGUGAUAUGAUAAAGAUCAUCAAUUUUAGUGAAGGCUUGAAUUAACACAAUCACAAUGGAAGAAAGAAGCAUUGAUUUUGGGCUUUGGUAAAUUUCUGACAAUAGGACAAAGUAUCAUCCUAAUGAUAAAACCCGGUCUGAGUGUGAAAAUUUGUAUUCUUGCCAUAUUAACAUAAUAUAAAAGAAUGAAGUUAAAAAGGCUCGUAAAACAGUAUCGUUAGUAAAGUAUCAUUGAACAAAUACAUAUAUGAAAAAUAUAUAUGGUUUUUAGGGCACAUUUUCUAUUAAUCUUGUUUAUGUCAGUCAAUCAGUUCAACUUAAGAAUGAGAAUACUAAGUGGGGACCUUCCCAAAAGAAACCCUGUCACUUUUAGUGAUAGGAAUACUUUGAGAGAGUUGCCAUCUUGUACUCAAAGAAAGCUGUUACUCAUAAAGGGGGUUACAAUAAAAAAGCUAAAAAACUUCAGUAAUUACGCAAGCUUUGCACGAUCGUUUACGAGUAACAAGAAGUUUCAUUUACCAAAUCAAAGCUUUUUUCUUUUGCGGAAACGACUGAAAUAUUCUAUAUAUCAACUUUGCAGGGCCGUGAUUUUGUUCUCGAAAAUAUACAUAUAGUAGUUCGUAAUAAGACUGGCUGAAACACAUAGCACAACUUGUCAAUUUUAGUCAACUGAACCAAUUUUUGUACAUUGUAUCUUCUCGGAGUUGAUUUUAAACUUGCUCUGGAUGGAAGUGUCAGUGAUGUGAUGAUAAAAAAUUAGAGUUUAUCCGAUUAAGAUAUUCCCUAAUAGUGUACGUGCCUUUGCUUUUCCUAAUCGCUCGAGUAGUUAAAAUCAACUCGGUUUUGUUAUGUAAUCAUUAAUUUGUGUUUAUGUUCAGUAAUAUUAAGAAAAUGUUUAACUGUGACCCUCAAAAUAUAUGUAUUAUCGUAUAUAUGAUAUCUAAUAAAGAUCUUUAUAAGUA